GCUCUGGGGUGCUCGUGAGGGGAGCCCUUCCAGGGCUGUGUGCUUGUGCGCCGGUGGAGGGGACCCACGAUGACCUUCUCGUCCUCACCAAGACCUAAGAGGGAGCAGCCACCCCCAGCGAGAUCCUCCCUGUGCUGAUGAUUUUCAGGGACUUGUUGGCAACUCAGCGAGGGUUGCCAUAGCUUUUUUAUGUAGGGUGACCAGAACCGGUUGAAACUGGUUUGAGGCAGAUCAGCUCCUGAGCACAAUGCAGUCACUGAGCUACUACAGUGGGAUAGCAGCUUCCUCCCUUCAUGGCAGCCAAAAGCAGAGGAGCUUGCAGGAAGGGACCAUCCCAACACAGUAUGUGAAUGCACACUUAGACACCACACAGCACUGGGUAUGUUCUGUUUUGUGCUUUUCCUUUUAGAAGCUACUAAAGGGUUUUGGGGAUGCUUCUGACUAUUAUGAAGGCCAAAAGGCCUGUUGACUGGGGCUGCUUUUAACCCUUUCAUAUUUGCAGAGAAUGCAACCGUGUGACAGUAACUGAACAUUGGUCCAAAGUCUUUCCAAAAGGUCAAGGUUCACAAGAACAUCUGAUCAAAUUCAUGACCAUGGGGGAUAUGAAGACCCCAGACUUUGAUGACCUCCUGGCAGCAUUUGACAUCCCAGAUAUGGUCGAUCCCAAAGCAGCUAUUGAGUCUGGACACGACGACCAGGAAGGCCACAUCAAGCAGAACGCCCACGUGGACGACGACUCCCACACGCCGUCCUCCUCCGACGUCGGCGUCAGUGUUAUUGUGAAGAAUGUGCGGAACAUCGACUCCUCCGAGGGCGCAGAGAAGGACGGCCACAAUCCCACCGGCAACGGCCUGCACAACGGGUUUCUCUCGGCGUCCUCUCUGGACACUUACAGUAAAGAUGGAUCGAAGUCCUUGAAAGGAGACGUGCCUACCUCAGAGGUGACUUUAAAAGACUCCGCUUUCAGCCAGUUCAGCCCCAUCUCCAGUGCUGAAGAGUUUGACGACGAUGAGAAGAUAGAGGUGGACGACCCCCCGGACAAAGAGGACAUGCGCUCCGGUUUCAGAUCGAAUGUGUUGACAGGGUCGGUUCCCCAGCAGGACUAUGACAAACUGAAGGCACUCGGGGGAGAAGGCUUAAGCAAAACUGGCAUCUCUACGCCAGGCAACCUAGAGAAAAACAAAGUUGUCAAGAGAGAAACGGAAACAAAUUCUAUAAACCUGAGUGUUUAUGAACCUUUCAAAGUCAGAAAAAUGGAGGAUAAACUGAAGGAAAACUCUGAAAAGGUGCUUGAAAACAGGGUCCCCGAGGGCAAGCUGAGCUCGGAGAAGAAUGACGCCUCCCUCGGCGGUGUGGUGCCCUCGAGGACCAAGCCAUCCUCCAAGCUCUCUUCCUGCAUCGCUGCAAUUGCGGCUCUUAGUGCUAAAAAGGCCGCUUCGGACUCCUCUAAAGAACCAGUGACCAACUCCCGGGAGGCCUCUCCGUUACCAAAAGAAGUAAACGAUAGCCCUAGAGCCAUUGAAAAGUCUCCGGAAUCCCAGAGUCUCAUCGAUGGGACGAAGAAAGCAUCCCUUAAGCAGCCGGAUAGUCCCAGGAGCAUUUCCAGUGAGAACAGUAGCAAGGGAUCGCCAUCCUCUCCUGCAGGGUCAACACCAGCAAUUCCCAAAGUCCGCAUAAAAACCAUCAAGACGUCUUCUGGGGAAAUCAAGAGAACAGUGACGAGGGUGUUGCCUGAAGUCGAUCUCGAUGCCGGAAAAAAGCCUUCUGAGCAGACGGGGUCCAUGGUGGCGUCCGUGACGUCGCUGCUGUCGUCUCCGACCUCGGCCGCCGUCCUUUCCUCCCCGCCCAGGGCGCCUCUGCAAUCGGCGGUCGUUACCAACGCGGUGGCCCCCGCCGAGCUGACCCCCAAACAGGUCACCAUCAAGCCUGUGGCGACUGCCUUCCUCCCGGUGUCGGCCGUGAAGACGGCCGGGUCUCAAGUCAUUAAUUUGAAGCUCGCCAACAACACGACGGUCAAAGCCACGGUCAUAUCUGCUGCUUCCGUGCAGAGCGCCAGCAGUGCCAUCAUUAAAGCUGCCAACGCCAUCCAGCAGCAGACCGUCGUGGUGCCGGCCUCCAGCUUGGCCAAUGCCAAACUCGUGCCAAAGACUGUGCACCUUGCCAACCUUAACCUUCUGCCUCAGGGCGCCCAGGCCACCUCCGAGCUCCGCCAGGUGCUCACCAAACCUCAGCAGCAAAUAAAGCAGGCAAUAAUCAGUGCCGCGGCCUCACAGCCACCCAAGAAGGUGUCGCGGGUCCAGGUGGUGUCCUCCCUGCAGAGUUCUGUGGUGGAAGCUUUCAACAAGGUGCUGAGCAGCGUCAACCCAGUCCCAGUUUACAUCCCCAACCUUAGUCCUCCUGCAAACGCGGGCAUCACGUUACCGACCCGCGGCUACAAGUGCUUGGAGUGUGGGGACUCUUUCGCCCUUGAGAAGAGCCUGACCCAACACUACGACAGGCGCAGCGUGCGCAUCGAAGUAACGUGCAACCACUGCACCAAGAACCUCGUUUUUUACAACAAGUGCAGUCUCCUGUCCCAUGCCCGCGGGCACAAGGAGAAGGGAGUGGUGAUGCAGUGUUCACACUUGAUCUUGAAGCCAGUCCCAGCAGAUCAGAUGAUUGUUUCUCCAUCAAGCAAUACUCCUGCUUCAUCUUCCGCCCUCCCGAGCUCCUCGGGAGCCGGCACACACACUGUAACAAAAAUUCAGUCUGGCAUAACCGGGACAGUCAUAUCAGCCCCUUCCAGCACACCCAUCAUUCCAGCUAUGCCUCUGGAUGAAGACCCAUCCAAGCUCUGUAGGCAUAGUCUGAAAUGUUUGGAGUGUAAUGAAGUUUUCCAGGAUGAGACGUCGCUGGCCACUCAUUUCCAGCAGGCUGCAGAUACAAGUGGACAAAAGACUUGCACUGUCUGCCAGAUGCUGCUUCCUAACCAGUGCAGUUACGCAUCUCAUCAGAGAAUCCACCAGCACAAAUCUCCCUACACCUGCCCCGAGUGCGGGGCCAUCUGCAGGUCGGUGCACUUCCAGACCCACGUCACCAAGAACUGUCUGCACUACACGCGGAGAGUUGGUUUUCGAUGUGUGCAUUGCAAUGUUGUGUACUCUGAUGUGGCCGCACUGAAGUCUCACAUUCAAGGUUCUCACUGUGAAGUCUUCUACAAGUGUCCUAUUUGUCCAAUGGCGUUUAAGUCUGCCCCAAGUACACAUUCUCAUGCCUACACGCAGCAUCCCGGCAUCAAGAUAGGAGAGCCAAAAAUAAUAUAUAAGUGUUCCAUGUGUGACACUGUAUUUACCCUGCAAACCCUGCUGUAUCGCCACUUUGACCAACACAUCGAAAACCAGAAGGUGUCUGUUUUCAAGUGUCCAGACUGUUCUCUCUUAUACGCACAGAAGCAACUCAUGAUGGACCAUAUCAAGUCUAUGCAUGGAACAUUGAAAAGUAUUGAAGGGCCUCCAAACUUGGGUAUAAACUUGCCUUUGAGCAUUAAGCCCACAACUCAAAAUUCAGCAAAUCAAAACAAAGAGGACACCAGAUCCGUGAACGGGAAAGAGAAAUUGGAAAAGAAAUCCCCAUCACCCGUGAAAAAAUCUUUGGAACCCAAGAAAGUGGCCAGUCCUGGGUGGACGUGUUGGGAGUGUGACCGGUUAUUCACGCAAAGAGAUGUUUACAUUUCCCACGUGAGGAAGGAGCAUGGGAAGCAAAUGAAGAAGCACCCCUGCCGCCAGUGUGACAAGUCUUUUAGCUCAUCCCACAGCCUGUGCCGUCACAACCGGAUCAAGCACAAAGGCAUCAGGAAAGUUUAUACCUGCUCGCACUGCCCAGACUCCAGGCGUACCUUCACGAAACGGUUAAUGCUGGAGAAACACAUCCAACUCAUGCACGGAAUUAAGGAUCCUGACUUGAAAGAAAUGACAGAAGCCACCAAUGAGGAGGAAGCAGAAAUAAAAGAAGAUACCAAGGUUCCCAGUCCCAAGCGGAAGUUGGAAGAACCCGUUUUAGAGUUCAGACCUCCCCGAGGAGCCAUCACGCAGCCCCUGAAGAAGCUGAAGAUCAAUGUGUUCAAGGUGCACAAGUGCGCCGUGUGCGGCUUCACCACGGAGAACCUGCUGCAGUUCCACGAGCACAUUCCACAGCACAAGUCAGACGGCUCGUCCCACCAGUGCCGCGAGUGCGGCCUCUGCUACACGUCGCACGUCUCCCUGUCCCGGCACCUCUUCAUUGUCCACAAACUGAAGGAGCCGCAGCCAGCGGCCAAGCAGAACGGGGCCGGCGAGGAGAGCCAGCAGGAGAACAAGCCUGGCCCAGAGGACGCGCCGGCCGACGGCCCCGUGUCGGACAGAACGUGCAAAGUGUGUGCAAAGACGUUCGAGACGGAAGCUGCCUUAAACGCCCACAUGCGGACCCACGGCAUGGCCUUCAUCAAAUCCAAAAGAGUGAGCUCAGCGGAGAAAUAGCCGCGCACCCUUCCCGCCGAGAGGCCCGGUCCACGUUGGAAGCAAAGAGACAGUUUUCUUACAAAAAGUUGGCAGUUAUCAUAGAGUUAACAGUACUGUCUAGGCUGUUGCAAUAUAUCCUCCUUCCACUCCCUUCUCCGCCUCCUCCUGUAUAUCCUCCUCGAUUAAGUAUUAAAACAGUAUUUGAGUUGAAAAGAGUUUGUAUAUAUUUAAAUGAAUAACUUUUUAUACUCUUUGUUACAUGUUUAUAUCAGUAUUUAGUGGAAAAUGUUUUGAAGUGUUUUUUUGUUUCGUUCUUGGUUUUUUUUUUUUUUUUUAAUUUGAGUUAGAAUUUUUCUUUUUGUACUGUUUCUUUAAAACAGUUCUUAGUAUCAGGGGCAGUUCCUGAAUUCAAAUAAACCAUUUUGUAUGUCACAGAUUUGAAUGGGUUAACUAAUUACAGGCUACGAUAAUGCCUUUUUUAGUGUUUUUAAUUUUUAGAAUUCACUACAUAAAUCGUAGGUGAUUGUAGGUCUCAAAAACACUAGGGACUUUUAAGUGUCUUAGCACUAUCCUCAACGUGCCUGCUCCGCCAGGGGGUGCCGGCCCCGUCAGGACCGCAGCCCGGCGUGUGGCGUCUUCUCCAGGCCAAACUGUGUCGAAAGCAGCCUUGCAGGUCGCUUCUUUCUCAGUGGGGGGAUGAAAACUUGGGCCAGAGAUCCAGUAAGGAACGUGGAUUGAUUCCAUCUCAGAACGGGGAAGAAGGAUAUCCUAAAGGGAAGACACGGGGGUGCGGGGUGGCUGGGGGCCGCGGUGGCUUUCUGGGCCGAUUUGCAAGGCUGACUUCUAAAGAGCACAAGGAGAUACAGCAGCGAAAGGGCUGGACUACUGUCAAAGUUACAAAUACGUAGUUAGACCAAUAGAUUUAUAUAGUCAAGCUUUUGUCAUGUAAUUUAUUAACUAUUGCAAAGACACAACUAAAAAUAUCAAGUAUUUCUCUGGCUCUUGACAGGAAAAAAAAAAAUCACAAUUGACUUAACCCUUUGCUGUCUAAAGAGUUGGCGUUUCCUGUUCAGGGUGCUACUGCCAUACGUCCUGGUACUUAGACUUGGGAUGCACAACUUCCACCUUAUUGAUGCAGCAGCCGGCAUGUCGCAAUUGGCCGUUCGAGUCAGCACUGAGCCACCUGGGUUUAUUAGUUCAGCCAUUUAAAUAAGUAUCUUUAACAUCGGUAGUUCCGCUUUCUUAGUGCAGCCGAGGUACUCUUCUGUCCCUUCCAAACGUUUCUAGUUCUCUGGGAGAGUUAUACUUUUUGGUUUUGUGUUUUGUGUUUUCUUUUGCAUUUUAUAUCUUGUAUUUAUCCCUAAACAUGUUUUGUACUUUUUUUUUUUAAGAGAAGAAAUUCUUUUGUGUAUAUAUAGAUAUACUUGCAUGAUAUACUGUAGUCAACGUUCGGUUCCUCAGAAGGUCUUGCUGCUGUCAGGUGUCAUGCACUAACCAUAUCCAUCCUAACUGUAUUAAACACAUUUCAUAUGUAAAUAAACGUGGGACAUUUGGCCCUUGUG